GUAGUACAUUAGCAGUUAAAUUAGUACGGCAUACUUUACAAAGUCAUUUAAAAAAUAAAAAUGUUCAAAUUUAUUGAGUUUUUAAUUUUACUAAUAAUGGGAUUACUCGUUGCUGGGCAAGACACACCAGACACAACAGUGACUACACCGGUGCUACCCAUUCAACUACAACAGUGCUCAGGGGAAAGGCAGAUAUGUGGCGGUUAUAUCGGUUUUGAAUGCUGUACGGGACAGGGAUUAACGUGUAUUACGAACGCUGUUGGAGUGAAUGCCAGGAAUACCCUGGGAUUCUGUAUGACAAUGGGACCCCUCGGUCAGUGCGGCGCUGAAAAUAGCAUAUGCGGUGAUGUGGUCCGUACUAAUUGCUGUAAUGGGCUCAAGUGCCGCAAUUUUGACCAAGCUAACUUUGGAAAAUGCAUUAAUGAGACAGCUACUUUGGGUGCCAAUAGGAGACCUACAUUGCAUGUCGCUCCGAAAACUGCCUGGCCCACUAUAACCCAAUUAAAUUAA